AUGGACGCAAGGAAUGGAGCAGCAUGCCACCCACUGUCACCCAGCGCCGCUUGCUGCUGCCGCUUGCCUUCUACUUCCACUAUUAAAUCCGACCACAACCUUGUGGUUCUGGAACCGAGAGAACCACUAGAGGUCUCGACGAAAGAUCAGCAGCCACCGGACCUGAAUUGCGUUGCCUUCGCGAUAUGGUCGAUCGAUCGCCUUUUGUUCCUUUACCCGAUCAAACCAAAGAAACAGGGAAAUAAAAAUAAACUCGGUGGUUUUCUUUAAGAGCAACGAACAUCACAUAACAACUUUCACGAAAAGUUUCUCAAAAGGAACCGACUUCGAACGAUUGGAACUUACGCUUCAAGGGUGAGUGCUUACGAUCCCUUUUCAAUAUUAUUUCGGGGGGAAUACAUGUGCCUAUAUAUUUUGUUUAUACAAAUAUAUUACCUUUUUAUGCGAAA